AUAAAGCAAUAUUAUAGGGAAAAUAAGCGAUUGAAAAUGUUGAAAAUGAUACAAUAGACGACUCGUUGUCUCGUUGCAUUAUAUUAAGAGAGCCCCACACUCUCUCCCCCAACGGCCAUCUCCGUCUUCUUCGAUCCCUCCACAUACCCAUUUUCCGACAUUAAAGCACUCACCUCAAAAACUCCACAACUCAAACGACACACUAGCCAGAAUGUCGAACAAGUCCCCUGUCUUCCCCAUCCCUGACUCUCAACACUUCAGCGACUAUGGCUUUAACUACUUUCAGGUUAUGGAAGAAGCGAGAAAGCAUAAUAAGAGAGAAACGUCAACGAAGUCAUCCAUCAUCAACAGUCUUCACUUCAAGAUCCAGAAACCCAUUUCGAAAGAUGACCCGACCCGGUCCACAAUGCACCACAACAAGAGGAAGAAACGGUGGUGGUGGAAGAAAGCUUUACCCUUCUUCAAGUGGCGCAAAUCUCCAAUCUCCUCCACCGUCGCCACCAACGAAGAUCGUAUGGUCAGGAACUUUCGCGCCGUAGCCGGUUCGAUGUCGAGUCCGGUUUACUCAACGGAGAGUCGAACCGGGUUUGGCACGCCGUACCGUACCACGACGAGUAGACCUUCGUCACGACCUAUAGCGGGAACAUUGACGCCGGGAAGAAAAGGUGACCUGGCGGUGCCGUAUUUGAGUCUACGAGAGCUUAACAUGGAGCAGCAGCAGAGGACCUCUAUCUCUUCUUCUCCCAUUUACUUGGUCACGUAAAAGUUAUUAUAGUAAAUUUAAUAACAGUGCGUUGUUUUUAAAUUUUUCUGCAAGAGGUGGUGAAAGCUGUAAAGUUUCAUCUGUCUCACGUGAAACAAUAUUACUAGUUGGCAUUUUAGAAAAUAUAGAAUAUAUAUAUA